CCCGCAGUAAAAAUAAAUUGUUUAUUGUAAAGAAAUGUCGAAACAGCGUAAAUAUUUUAUAAUAUUUUUAUUUCUUCUGCUACAUCACUCUUCGGUGGAUGGCGCGCGCUUUGAGUUUAUUCUGGAUAACGAUAGAAUUUUCGAUGAUUGUACCCACAUACCAGGAUCGAAAGGUAUGGACCAUUUGUUGGAUUUUAAAGAGUUGCAUAUGGAAUUUCAAGACGGCAGGGUGGGCAUUCGAGGAAAUUCCACCAAUGUCUGGGAAGGUGUCAAGUCAACAGAUAUAGUUCAAGGCCAUGGUGAGUUGCACAAAUUCCAGCGUGGUGACUGGCAGCCAACUCCCAUACUAAUGGUGGCGAUGGACUUUUGUAAGGUCCAAUUUGAUCCCAAAACCGAUUGGUAUCAAUUGUGGACGAAAAAUGUACCAGAACACGAACGGAAAUGUAUUAAUACUUAUGGGCAAGUCUACCACUACAAUGACUUCACGGUAGAUACGGUGUUCGAUUUUCCGGCCAACAUGGAGGGUCGUUAUAAAUUGGUCACCCGAUUUCGGGCAAUGGAUCCAGUAACACUACAAUAUCGACCAAGUGAAAUAUGCUAUCAAGUAUUGGGUGAAUUUAUUAAGUUGAAGUGA